UACCAGCACUACGUGCAGCAGAGUCACUCAUCUGAGUCACUGCUUAAGAAGGGACUACUGUCAUUUAUACCUACUUGUGCGAGACUGCUUUUGUUGGGGAGAAGUCGGAAAAUCGAGGCCCAGGAGCAGGCAGACAUGAGUGCAGGUAAAGGUACCAAGCUGGUGAAGGGCAAGGUGGGCAAGCCCAAGGUGAAGAAACUCCACCUGGAGGAAACGUUGCCCUCGCCGUACGGCCGCAGGGUUGUACCCACCAUCACACAGGCCAUGAAGACUGACGCCUCCAAGAAGAUGACCAAGAAGAAGAAGGGUGAUGCGGACCUGUUGAUGAAGCUGGAGUUUGAUGAUGAGAUGGGAGUGCUGGGGUCAGACGGGGGAACAGGGGAGAACUCCCUCAACUCCUCCUCUAAUACACCAGCCCCAACCCCAGCCAAGCCCAAGGCCCCCCGGGUCAAGCAGGAGAAGAGGAGCCAGGUACUCCAGAGCCAGGAAACCCCCACACCAAAAGGAUCGUCUGGUAAGAAGGUGAAGAAGCGUAACCCCUGGUCGGAGGACGAGUCCAAAUCAGAAAGCGACCUGGAGGACAGUGAACCUGUUGUCAUCCCCCGAGACACCAAGUCACAACGGGCCUCAGAACUAGGGACAGGCAUUCUUCCUGAUCACAGCAGUUAA